AUGGCUGCGGCAAUGGCGAUGAGAGGGGGGAGCAGCGACGGCGGUGGCUCGGAUAGGGGAGCCGGGAUGGACUCCGGGAAAUACGUGCGGUACACGCCCGAGCAGGUCGAGACGCUCGAGCGGGUGUACGCCGACUGCCCCAAGCCGACGUCCUCCCGCAGGCAGCAGCUGCUGCGUGAGUGCCCCAUACUUGCAAACAUCGAGGCGAGGCAGAUCAAGGUCUGGUUCCAGAACAGAAGGUGCCGAGAUAAGCUGCGGAAAGAGUCUUCACGGCUCGAGUCCGUGAACAGGAAGGUGUCGGCCAUGAAUAAGCUUCUUAUGGAAGAGAACGAACGUCUCCAGAAACAGGUCUCCCAGCUGGUUCAUGAGAAUGCACAAGUGCGGCAGCAGCUGCAGAAUACUUCAAUGGCAAAUGAUGCAAGCUGUGAAUCAAAUGUGACCGCCCCUCAAAACCCUAUAAGGGAUGCAAGUAACCCUUCUGGGCUCCUUUCAAUUGCAGAGGAGACCUUGACAGAAUUCCUCUCGAAGGCUACUGGGACAGCUAUUGAAUGGGUCCAGAUGCCUGGGAUGAAGCCUGGUCCGGAUUCGGUUGGUAUUGUGGCCAUUUCACAUGGUUGCCGUGGUGUUGCUGCCCGUGCCUGUGGUUUGGUGAAUUUAGAACCAACAAAAGUUGUAGAGAUCUUGAAAGAUCGACCGUCUUGGUUCCGUGAUUGUCGAAGCCUGGAAGUCUUCACGGUGUUACCAGGUGCAAAUGGAGGAACAAUUGAACUUGUGUACACACAGUUGUAUGCUCCAACAACUUUAGUCCCUGCACGUGAUUUUUGGACUCUAAGGUAUACAACCAUAGUGGAAGAUGGCAGUCUUGUGGUCUGCGAGAGAUCCUUGAGUGGUUCUGGGGGUGGUCCAAGUGCAGCUUCUGCACAGCAGUUUGUCAGAGCUGAAAUGCUUCCAAGUGGAUAUUUAGUCCGCCCCUGUGAUGGUGGAGGUUCCAUUGUGCAUAUAGUGGACCAUCUGGAAUUUGAGGCAUGGAAUAUUCCUGAAGUGCUUCGUCCACUCUAUGAGUCUUCUAGGGUUGUUGCUCAGAAAAUGACUACUGCGGCACUCCGCCACAUCAGACAAAUUGCUCAAGAAACAAGCGGUGAGGUGGUGUAUGCCCUGGGGAGGCAACCUGCAGUACUACGGACCUUUAGUCAAAGGCUGAGCAGAGGUUUUAAUGAUGCCAUCAGUGGUUUCAAUGAUGAUGGUUGGUCCAUAAUGGCUGGAGAUGGCAUUGAAGAUGUAGUCGUUGCUUGCAACUCAACUAAGAAAAUUAGGAGCAUCAGCAAUGGUGUUAAUGCUUUCGAAGCCCCUGGAGGUACUAUAUGUGCCAAGGCAUCAAUGUUACUGCAGAGUGUCCCACCUGCGAUACUAGUUCGAUUUCUGAGGGAACAUAGAUCCGAGUGGGCUGAUUACAGUAUGGAUGCAUAUUUGGCUUCAGCACUGAAAACAAGCACAUGUUCAUUCCCUGGGCUGCGUCCAAUGAGAUUUUCUGGGAGCCAGAUCAUCAUGCCACUUGCUCACACAGUAGAGAAUGAGGAGAUUCUUGAAGUUGUUCGCCUUGAGGGACAACCUCUUAGUCAUGAUGAAGUUCUUCUUUCAAGGGAUAUCGACAUGCUUCAGCUUUGCACAGGAAUAGAUGAGAAAUCUGUGGGAUCCUCCUUCCAGCUGGUCUUUGCACCAAUUGAUGAUUUUCCAGAUGAUGCUCCCUUGAUUUCAUCCGGCUUUCGUGUUAUACCACUUGAUAUGAAAACAGACGUUGUAUCCUCUGGUAGGACAUUAGAUUUGGCAUCUAGCCUUGAAGUAGGCUCCACUGCAGCCCAAGCCUCCGGUGCAUCUUCAGAUGAUUGUAAUGUGCGAUCUGUGCUGACAAUCGCCUUUCAAUUCCCUUAUGAGCUGCAUCUUCAAGACAGUGUUGCAGCCAUGGCCCGUCAGUACGUUCGUAGCAUUGUUUCUGCUGUUCAAAGAGUGUCGAUUGCUAUAUCCCCAUCUCAAUCUGGUCUAAAUGCCGGGCAGAGGAUACUCUCUGGCCUUCCUGAAGCAGCGACACUUGCUCGGUGGAUUUGCCAGAGCUAUCAUUACCAUCUGGGGGUAGAGUUACUUACUCAAUCAGAUGUUGCUGGGGAAGCAUUGUUGAAGAUGCUAUGGCACUACCAAGAUGCUAUCCUGUGCUGCUCUUUUAAGGAAGUACCCGUGUUCACAUUCGCCAACAAGGCAGGUCUUGACAUGUUGGAAACUUCCCUCGUCGCCUUACAAGACCUGACAUUGGACAAGAUCUUUGAUGAACCUGGAAGAAAAGCAUUAUUCUCUGAGAUCUCAAAGUUGGUGGAAGAGGCCAUGUGUACCUGCCAUCAGGCGUGUGCAUGUCGGGGAUGGGCCGGCACGUCUCCUUCGAUCAGGCCGUGGCGUGGAAGGUGCUCGGCGAGGACAGCAGCGUCCACUGCCUGGCCUUGUGCUUCGUCAACUGGUCCUUCGUGUGAUGUACCAAAUGCUGCCGCCGGGCCGGCGGGGUGA